AUGCAGAGAGGUAUCAGAUUCGGGUAUCAGUUGCAAGAGUAUAGCACAGAGCUUGAUGUUGGUUUGCCAGCCCCUCUGAACACACUGGGCCGGUGGCUACAGCAAAUGGAGGAUGUGCUAUCUGAAGACAGCGGGAACGCUGAAGAUCACGCACUUGCUUCCAGAGACGCCAGACACAAGCAUGACCAACUGAAGGUCUUGCUUGAGGACUUAAGCCAGCACUUGAACACCCUUCAUCACUACCAGAUCACAGAUGAUGAAGUGCCAGUCGAGAAGCUGGAGGAGAUCAAGAGACGUUUCACCAAUGCCAGAGUGACAGCCAAGUACCACGGCAUCAAGCUACAAUACAGAGAGCAGAUGCACCAUGUUUAUGACCUGCUGGGACAUCAGUCUAAGCUGAGCUUGUGGAGAGGGCCUUACGGCUCCCAGGAGUCUGUUCAGUCUCUGCUACAAGAUUGGCACGACACUGUUGACAAGCAAGGUCUGGUGUGGAAGUUGAAGGAAGCACUUAAUAAGCUGAAGGACACAGCAGUCAGCUAUACCAGCAAAGCAGCUCUGGCCGACGACUCACCUGUGGUUAACAGGCGGGUAAAAGAGGCCGAUAGUGAGACGGGAGUCAGUGCAGAAGCUGCAGAAGCAGUAAGAUCCACCAUGGAACGUGUUCUGGCUGCAUGGGAGUCCUACAAAGACUGCCUGUAUCUAUUACAGGUCUGGCUGGGCCAGGAGAAACAAUCAGAGGCUCAAGAGCACAAGCAUUUUUCCUCCAGCCUGAAUGAGUGGAGAUUGCGUCAAGCCCAGCUGAACGAGGUGGGAAACUUUCUCAUUGAUAUGAGUGACGCCUCCACCAGCCACUCUCUGACCGAAGAGCUCCGCAAACUUAACAUGCAGUGGGGCGACUUCAUAAAAAGGACCAAGUUUGCAGUGGCCCCUCAGCCCAUAUCUGCAGUCCCAGGUGUCCAAGCUUCCCUGAUGCAGGAAGCCAGCUGGGUGCUCAAAGAGACAGUUGUGGUGUUAUCUGGACCUCUACGUAUUUACAGAAAGAAACUCCAGGGCAUAACCAAGAAGAUGUCUGAGUUCAAGCUGAACUCUUUGUCCCCAUCUCCAGACUGCAAAGAUGAAACUCUUCAGAAAUUCAUACAAACUCUUCCGGAGACACUUGAGACUUUGACGCGGGUGGAUCAGGUGUGUGAGAGACUACAGAAAGCCGCAUCUCUGCUCGAGGGCAGGCUGGCUGAGCUUGAAAACUGGAGCAAUGAAGCCCAAGAGGUCUGCCACCACCUAAAAGAAAGGCAGCACAGGGGCCACCAGGGCCCACAUCCCAGGGCUAAAGCACUGAUCUCCAGAGGUAUACAGUUGGAAGGACAGGUGGUGACAGAAGGUGAGGACCUGCAGGUGCUGGUGACAUCGGUGCAAAAGAACUCCUCCCUUCCUUACCUCAACACAAUGGCAAUACAAGACCAACUGAAACGGACUGUCUCACACUGUCAGGAGGUUACUGAGAUGCUCAGUUCUCAUGGAGUGAAGCGUGAAGGACAGCCUGUCGGACUGCAGCCUGCUUCCAAGGUUUUUGUGCAGGCACAUUGUCAGCCUGAAUCCCAAACUAGAAUCAUUCAGCACCAUCAGGAUCAGACAUUCUUCCAAAUCAGCAAAUGUUCUCUAGAGAGUCCAGUAGAACAUCAAAACCAAGAACUCCAUUCUUCUCAGCUGCAGCCACAAUUGGAAACCACCAGUGGCAUACAGCCCCAGUUUCUCCCCCAGAUUCAUGAAAAAUCUCCAAAAGCCCAAAGCAAAACUGUAUGCCAAAUACAGUAUGCAGAGCUCAAACAGCCUUUGAUGACUUCUGUUGUUAGCAGGAACGUUCAGUUGAAACCCCAAACUGAGGUUCAACUGAUCUCUGUAGACUCAAGCCUAACCAAUCACCCAAACCAAUCCAGUGACUUUGGGCCAUCAGAGCAACAGGUUGUUUCUGCCAACUCAAGCCAAACCAGUGGUUUUAGACCAUUAGACUCUUUCCAGAUUAUAUCUGUAGACUCAGGCGAAACCCGAGGCUUUGGACCAUCAGACCUUCAGGUUAUCUCUUUGGACUCAAGCCAAAGCAGUGGCAUUGAACAUUCAAACCCUCUACAGUCUUUCUCUUCAACUGUGUCGAGCUCAAGCAUGUUGCUUACAUCGGUUACUAUGACUCAACUAAGAAUGCCAGUCACGCAGCACCUUGAUUCACCAUCAAAUUGGCAACCACAAACCUCCUUGGUGACCCCACACCAAAGACAAAAGGUUCUGGUCAAAAGUCACAGUUUUCCAAAACCCUAUGAGCCAUCACAAACUCUCCCUGUUACCACCCUUGCAUCCUCCCCAAGUACUUUGCAUACACCGGUAACAGUGACUCAACAAAGAUCUCCAUUUGAACAGAACCUUGGUUCUCCACCGAAAAGGCAACCUCAGACCUCUGUGACAACCCAACACCAAAGACAAAGGGUUCUGUCCAAGAGUCGCAGCUUUCCACAGCCAUCAGAGGCUCCAGGUGUUCCCCAUGUCCCAAUACAGAAUGAGGUGUAUGCCAGAGCUCAGGCUUUGGCCAGGAGCAGACUGGAUAAAGCAAAACAACAUCUCGAUGAACACAUACGGGAUGUCAUCACAGUGAUCAGCACCAGAGACAGAUCUAAAAAACAAGCCAAGAAAAAACAGUCCGUGUCACGUCUUCUCAGGCCUUUAGUGUUAGAGGUGUUUCUAGAAGCUGUGAAGGGAAUGGGUGAUUUCUGCUCCGAUGCCCAGCUCAGAGACAUGGACCUCCUCUCUCAGUCAGUCAGAGCCCAAUGGGAGGUAUGUGCCACAGCAGCCGAGCGUUCAGUGCAUCUGGAAGCCUUGAGAAGAAUUUCGGAGAGUCUGCAGCCCACAAAGAGUGUUCUUCCCAGCACCACCCAUCAGAGAACCGACACAGAGAGGGCGGAGAACGUUCAAUGCCACACACACUCCACAAGUGACUUUGCACCAUGUCAGGAUGGCAGGGGGGUAGCAGACCUGAGCCGCGUCCACUCACAGGCUGUUGUCCAGACCAACAUCGUGGAGAUAAAACAGAUACCAGAGAGGACCGUCAUCCAUCCGUGUUCAAAACAGGAAACUCCGAGCGGCUACAGUGCUGCACAGUCAGUUCUCCAGCAGCAACUGCUUAACAACAGUCAGCAGCUGGAAUCAGAGUUUCCCAUCAGCCCCGGCAGCAAUGCCAAUAUCUCUGCUGACUCAUUGAGGACUCAACUCCAGAACAUACUGGCUCUUAAGGACCGGACGGAGGCUCUGUGGCGUGAGUUUGAGCUUCAGUGUUCACAGAGCUCUCAGCACAUGGAAGAUGGCUGUAAAAUGGAGCAGGAGAGAGCUCAGCUCGUUCAACAGUGGAGGGAACAACAGAUGUGCGUUCAGGCCAGGGUAAAGUCCCUUGAAACUGCGGCAGAGCUGCUGGAGUCAGCGGAUAUUCAGAUUGGACUGAUUUCUGAUCAGAUCAAACAGAUCAGUCAAAAACCUCUAAAUAUCAGAAACUUUGCCAUUGCUGAUCCCAAAAAUCUACAUGAAGAACUAAAGCUUUUAGAUAAAAGUAUCGAGAAAGAGCUGUUUCUGCUUGAUAAGAGUGGUGGUUCACUUAGUGACGCUGCUGAUCUGAGUCACAUUGAGCUCCAAGCUCAUCUUCCCCUUCAGCAAAAUCUCCACGACCGCACAAAGUGCUUGGACCAGCAAAGACAAUGUCUGAGGAAGAGUGAAUCGGCCCUGAUGGGCCUCAUGAACCUCUUAUCACAUCUCCAGCAGGUGAAUGCCAACCUUAAUGCAGCUCACAGCACAUCAAAUCGCAGUUCAGUCUCCAUCCGGCAAAGCCUUCAGCAGGCCAGGGAAGAUUCGGUUCAGCUAGACCGAAUCCUGGAUGAAGCUGGCAUGAGAAUAACUCUUGAUGAGAAACCAGGCAGCUGUCAUGAGAUGGUGUCAGCUCUGACACUGCGUGCCGAAGAGGUUGAGAGCAGACUGGGUGUAGGGCUGAAACAGACUGACCGAGGAGGGAAAGGAAGAGCGGAGGGAGAACAGAGGGACAGAGUGUUCGGUAGGAAGAGGAUGGGCCUGCAGGUCGCCCUGAGGGAGGUGUUGGCAGCACUCGAAAAACAUGGCCUGAAGGAGCCCACACUUCCUGCAUUACAGCACAGGUUACGCUUCCUGACAGACAUGGAGAGCAAACUGCUUGCACUACACUCAGAGAUUCAGGAUCUGAGGAAUACUAGUGCACAGACAAGCACCUCAGAGACAGCCAUCAGCGAGCUGCAGACGCAAUGGGAAAACGCACACAGAGCAGUCACAGAGAGUCGUGAACAGAGUGUCUCUUUGAGCGAACUGCUGAAGAAGUUCCAGAGCUGCCGAAAUCGCUUGGGCAGCACUUUGCAGAAAGCAGAGCAGACUAUUGGUGAUCAGGCCUCUUAUAUGAGCAAAGACAACCUGCAGCUCCUGAUCAGUAAGGUGACCAGUAUAAAGUCAGAUCUCGGUGGUCUUGGGGACGGGGUGGAGGAGUUCAGAGCUGUGUGUCGACAGCUGCAGUCUCUGAUGAGAAAGGUCCCAGACUGUGCAGACGCUCCGUUUGAGAGUGAGGCUGACACCCUCAUGGACCGCUGGCUUGAUGUCACCGAGAAGGCAGACUGUCAUCUGGACAACCUACAAGCUGGCUUUUCUCUGUGGGAAAAACUCCUACUGUUGGCUGGAGAGGUGGAGGGCUGGAGCGUCCAAAAGCUGAUGACACUUGCAGAGUCACACCCCUUUCAGACAGAGCAGGAUGUGUCUGCCAUGCAGGAUGAGCUCAGGAUACAAGAGGAGAACAUUGAAUAUUUCCAUCGCAGAUCUUCAGAGAUCCAGGAGCUGCUGCAGAGUCGCGAGCUCCCACUGGAGCUACAGGUGAUUGAGAGCCAGUUGAGGAAGAAGAUGGCAGAGGUGAAGGAGCUCUUUUCUGAGACCAGUGAUGUUUUUAGACAGCUGGAAGCUGCCAAGGAGAAGGUGGCAUCUGAUAUCGUAGAUCACCUGUCCUCCAUUCAGACUAUCACAAAUGCACUGACCACAUCUGAGAGCCCUCUAGACCUCAAAACAAUCCAGGGCUUAUCGGAGCAGUUGCAAGCGGAGGCAGAGCAGGCAGAUGCAUUACUGCAGCAGAUAAGUCUUCUGGCCAGCAUUGCAGGUCUAGAAAACCUACAGACGCUGGCUGAAGAUGGAGCUCACCUUGGAGAAAGAAUCUGCAUGGCCAGAGAGCUAGUCAUAGAAAAGAGAGAGCAAGUAAUGAACCCAAACAGACCUAAAAAUCAAAUGGUCCAAGAGCCUAAAUACAUCAAGCCCUUGAUUGAAAAAACAGAAGAUACUGUGCCAGAGAUACAGUCUGAAUCUAAUGGUAAAACAGAGGAACAGUCCACAACACAAGAUGAGCUGAAGGACUUCAAAGAGCAGGCCUGCAGCCGGGCCGGUGAACUGCAUCUGAAGCUUUCUGAGGAUGUGAACAGAUGGGUAACACCUGAGGGGAAACUCACAGCGGUGCAGGAUGUGUGUGGAGAGAAUAUGACUGAGGAGCUGAAGUGUGCAAUGUUAAUACAACAGAGCCACAAGGGUCUGGACUCUCUACAGGGUCAAAGAGAGGGCAGCUCGAAUGCAUUAAAGACUGUAGAACAAGUGGACGGAAACCUAACAGAGGUCGAGAAACUGUCUGAGGCCCUGCAGACAAGCUGUACUCCAGAGGGUCAGACUGCUCUCUGUCCAGAAGCUCAACCAAUAUUUGGAAAGACACCAGCCCUGAGGAAGAUCUUGAAAGACGAGAGGACUAAAGAAGGGAACUCUGAUCUAGAUCAAUGUUCCAUUCAGUGCAUCGAGCCUCAGCAGCCUGGAGUGUCCACAGAGGAGCUCCAGUCAAUUCAGGUUGCUGCUGACAGUGAAAUGGAUGACAUUGAUCAUAUGAAUGUAAAAUUCUUGACCACAAAGGAAGUUAGUGAAACAGAAGAUCUAUCACCUUGCUCAGAACAACAAGAAACCGAAGAUCUUGGGAACCUUCCAUUAGGCCACGACUCAAAUAAGCAGCUGUUCAUGUCUGGAUCUAAAGACAUGGAUGGAACUGGAUCUGUAUUAAGAGAAAGUGACCUCAAAUCCACUCAUGGCUCAUCCUGUGAAUCAUUAAAGCCUGUCUUUACCAUAGUGCUGGACUAUGAUCUUACCAAACCCAACCAGAACCCACUAACACAAGCUGUCCCGGCUUCUUCAGCUAAAUGGGAUACUGUUUCAGUUCUUCAUGAUAGGACCGCAGAGAUGUCAGAGGAUGGCCUGAAACUUUUGGAAGUCAAACCAAAUGUUGAUUUAGCUGUGGAUGAAGUACAUGAUGCAAUAAGCUCUUCUGAUGAACCUUUACAUUUAUAUGCUGAUCUUUCAAAAUCAGAAGUGCAGGUUAAUGAAACCAGCCACACUGAUAAUAUUGAACCCACUCAUUCUGAUCUAGACCUUGAUUUCAGGCCUAAACCAGAGAAAGACUCAUCUACUCAAGCAUUUGACCCAAUGCUUUCAUACCCAGGGAAGCAUCAAGGAAGCUCUGGAACUGCGAAGAAAGUAUUUACCAUCAUCCUGGAUGUUGAUACUCCUUCAUUAUCAUCAGACUGGAAUCAAUCACUGCAAGAGACACGCUGUACAGGUCCUAAAGACUCAACCACAGAUGAAUUCUCUCAUUCAGAUGUAAAAAAUCAACAGGCAAUCUCCUCUGGUACUGAGCAACCUGAAGGCCAAAUGGCUGAGCUAGAUUUAUCUGAAGAGGCCAAUGUGAAAUCAAGUAGCUCUGAAAUACAGCCAGGACAGAAGGCAUCAAGGCUUAUCCAACCCCAAACCCCUGAGAUCAAGGAGACUGAAGUUCAAAAAGAUGAUAAAGAGAAGCAACAUGAAGUCACUGAUGCAGAAACAUCAAGCCAAAUGGAUGUUCACACUGGAGAAGGCACUGAGUCAGGGUCUGUAGUUCACCAACACGAUGUCCCAGUGUUGGAGAGCCAUGAUGAGGUUGACAAAAACACCACUGAAGCGGCUUCAAAUAAAGCAAAAUCCCUUCAAAAGCCUCCUAAAGUAGCUAAAGGUAGAAACAAGAACAGAAAACCAGCUGGUGUAAAAAAAGCAAACAAUGUCAGUAAUAAAAAGCACAACGCAUGUAAAUCUGAACAUAAGAACACAACUGACUCAGAAAGCCUUCCAACAUCUGAAGUCAGGUUGCCGGACACCAUAGACACUUCACUGACUGUGUCUUCAGACUUUAGUCAGCCAAACACUGCAAAGCCAUUGGGCACACAAGACAAACUAACAGUGGACACUGUGCAGAAAGAGACCUUGAAUCAAACUGAGACAGUGGAUGGACAUUUUGAAAAUGCUAGCUUCUCACUAGCCGGAGAUGACCAUGUUAGUACCACAGAUAGUGUGCUUUUAGCAGCAGUGGAGUCUGUGCAGUCAACACAUACAGGGGACUCCGAAUUAACCCCAACGGAUUCUUCAUCUAUUGUGACAGCUGACUGUAAAACACGAAUUCUUACCGCAGUCCUAUCAGAGUCACAGCUCGGCCAAGCUGAAGCUCGGAGGACAGAGGAUUCAGAUGGCACUUUCCCUUUGCAAUAUGAAGAAAUUGACAGAUUCAAUUCACAUCCAUCUGCCGGGAAUAAAAUGCCCCAAAACAGAGGAUCAGUACCAGACGGUGAGGAUAAAACGAGGCCUAUGGAGCAGCCUACUGGGACACAUGUGUGGGCCGUUUUACUGAACACCAUCACUAAUGUUCAGCCACUACUGGUGACCAGUCACAGUUCUGAGGAAUCUAGAUCAAGGAAAGAUUCCUUGUUUCAGAAUUCAUCGCUCUUCGAGUCUGAGAGCAGUCUGGCAUGGGCUGUCCUGUGGGUGUUCAGAUGUCGGUACCAACCGGCCAAACUCAGCAUUGCACAUAUGACUCAUCAGCUGGAAGAAGCUGAGAUCUGCCGGCAGUAUGUCUUAGAGAAGGUGGCUAGACUGCCUCAAAGUGAAUCUAGUGCAGGAUGCUCUACAAAGCCUGAGCAGACCAUAGAGGGCAGAUGGAACACAGUACUGAUGGAAACCUCAACUAUGGUGGAGUACAAAAAGACACAGCUCCAGCAGGUCACACAGUACCACCAGCAAAAACAGGCUCUCGCGGAUACUUUACACAACCUGAACAAUGAGCUCAGCGCACUGACACAGGAUUGCAUUGAAAGCAGCACCUUGCAAGUGGAGAAGCUUAAUGCAUUCCUGAAGAACAUGCAGAAGAAGAGAGGCGUACUAGAGGAGCUCCUACAAACAUUCUCUCAGAUUUCAGCCAAUCUGGGUGAGACAGAGGGACCUGUGACCUGUAUUGAACCUUUUAGGACUUUACAGGAGAGAUGGCAAACUAUGGAGCAGGUUGCUUUCAGCAAACUGUGGUGUGCUAACAUCUGCACAGCAGAAGUAGCUGCACUCCUGCAAGAAGCCAGAGAGCUGCACCAUGAACUGGAGCUUCUGGAGAAGUCAGUUUCUCCGCAUCCAUCUCAAGGACAGAUGGAAAGCCAAAGCGCGCUACAAGAGACUGUGAAAACUGCAGACCUGGCAGUGUUAACGGAGCGCUACUUGUAUCUUCUUGAGGUCUCUCAGGCUCUUUCCUCAAGUCCACUGGGAAAAAAAGAGCUCAGAGAUGUGGAGGGCGCAAUGCAGGGCUUGAAUUCUCAGCUUGCUCUGACUCAGGAGAACAUCAGCACUCAGACUUCAAAUGGCAAUGGUUCCUCACCGAUCAUGAGGAUUAUCAGGGACUAUGUUACAUGGGCUAAGCAAACAGAAAGCAAAGUCAGUAGCAGAAUGAGGUUGUCUCUGUUUCCUGAAGAAGCAAGUCACCAGGUCAGUCACAUGAAGAAACUGCAGUCUGAAACAUCUCGUAAGAGGUUUCAGUUGGCCUCUGUUUUGAAAGAGCUCAGAGAAGAACUUACAGGACUCAAUAAGGAGGAUCCCAUGUCACCCACCCUCGAUGCCCUAGAGGAUUUGUACGUUAAGCUUACAGAGAAGACUGAAUGUGCUGUUGCAGAAAUGAACAGAAUGUUUCAUAUUAGAGAAAGACUGUGGAAACAGAUCACUGACAGCAGUUCUUGGUUGACCUCAGUAUUAGAAAAAGAGUCUGGUAAAACAGUGGCUUCUGAACCUAAAACUACUAUCCCAGAAUUGAGGGUUCAGCUUCAGGUGUGCACAGAGGCUUUGAAGGAUGCUGAGAGACAAGCAAAUAAUCUGGAGACUCUGUUAGAUGAAAUGAAAGAAGUGAAACACGGCCUGAAUGUACCCGAAAGCUUUCAACUCAUCAAUAGGCUAACAGCCUUACAAAAAGAGAUAUCUAGGGUUGUGAACCGUAAGUGGGCCUUGCACUGGGUGCUUGAAGAACUCAUUCAUGCUCAGGAAUCUUCUGCUGAGGAACAGAACAUCACUCUGAAGAGCUUGAGACAGAUGAAUGCUGAUGUCACGAGGCAGAAGUAUCCCGUAACAAGGGACUCACUCUUGGCUCUUGAACCUGUUAAGCACAUGCUGAUGGAGCUCCUCUGCAAAGUGCCUGAAAUUUCCUACUGUCCAAAUCCUCGGAGGAAAGAGAUGCUCAAUGCUGUACUAGACCUACAAAGAAGAAUACAUCUGCUGGAGCUGCAAGCCAAAGAGCAUGAGGAGUACCUCAUUUUAAGGCAGCACAUGGAGAACUCCAGAGAGGCGGUGAAGAAGAGCUUGUUGCAGAUUGAAGACUCAAGUGUAGGAGAUGACGUAAGGCUCCGCUUUUGUCAGACUGUCCUGGUGGAGCUGCCUUUGGUGAGAAUGACAUGUCAAGAAGCCUCUGACCACCUUGAGGCCAUUUCGAAAGAUCUCUAUCCAUCCCAGCUGACAGCAGAAAGGCACAAAAUCCAUUUGGUCAUUGAGCAGCUAGCCUCUUGGGAGCUCACAGUAAAAAAAGAGGCUAAAACCAUUGAGUGCUGUCUGGUAGAGCGACUCGGCAGUCCGACGGACCUCAGUCCACUCACUGAGCUCUUCAACAGUGUCAGAAAGGAGCUGAAAGAAACCAUCUGCUUGGAGCCAGAUUAUAAGACCAUUGAUACACAGCUACGAAAGCACUGGAUGCUAAUCCAGACCGUUGAGUCUGUUCUAAGAAUAUUGGAGCACUAUAGGAAUGAAGAAGAUGUUGAAAGCUACCAGAUGACCAUCGAUCUCGGCCAGAAAACUCUUAAUGAUUGCGGUAUGCAUACGGACAAGCUGCUCCAAGCUCGGGAGGCACUGAAGCAUUACCACUGGGCUGUUCAGGGUGCAGAGAGCUUCCUUCAGCGGAUUGGAUCCAGUCUCAUGAUCCCCUCUGAUAGCUUCAAAGACUACAAAGAGGAGCAUCGCUAUGUUCAACAGAUUUUCAGCACUCUGGUUACGGAUUUCCAGGCUCGCUUGUCUGACGUUGGUGCUUCUGUUCCCCAGCAGACAUGCCUCUCCAUUCCUCUAACUGAGCAGCUUCAUAUCGAGGUUUUGAGUCACCUUCUAGUACAAGAUGCCAAAUUAGAAGCUCAGGCUCAGCUCAGACUUGAGGCCAUACAGAGGUCCAUGAAAGAUCAAAUUGUGCACAUGAGUCACCAUGAAGAGCUGAAUCAGCAUCUCAAAAAUGUUGAUUCUCAAAUCUCAAAAUGUUUGAGUCAAAAACCAGCUGAUUCUGAAACCUGCCAAGAUCAACUGCUGGAAAUAAAGGUGCUCCAGACAGAGCUGGAGAACCUCUCGAAAAAGCUGGAGGAAUUGAGUGAAAGCUGCCCAGGACUUCGCUGCAAAGCACCCUUGGAUCUAAUGCUGGGACAACUGUGGAGGUCUUGGGCAGUGUUGCAAUGCCGAGUGGAAUCUCUCAAAGCCAGCAUGUGUCACAAAGAAGCAGAGUGGAGAGACUUUGAGAUACGCCUGAAUAAAUCAAAGGAAGGUCUUGAGAGACUGCAGAAUGAUCUCCCAGACUCGUCUACGGUGAAGGGAUCCCUGGUGGAUCUUCAGAGUGUUCUGAGCCUUACUGAGCGCCUUCAAGAUGGGAUUGAGCAGGAGCAUCACACUUUGGCAUCUCUACAACACCAUGUGGCACGAUUGCUUGGGGUCUCAAAUUUGCAGCAGCUGAAAGUGUGUCCUCAAAUCUGUCAGGACUUGCAGUCACUACAGGAUCACUGCAGAAGUCUCAGAGAUCAGAGCAAUAACAUCCGCCGGGAGGUGCUUGUUGAGAUCCAGGAGUUGGGUCGUGUGCAGGAGGAGCUGAGUGCCAUUCAGCAGAAUGUUCUCUCUCUUUCGACAGCUUUACAGAGGGAGUCAGCUGCUCAACACUUACAGGAAGUCAAAGUGGAGUUGGUUUCACAGAAUGCUCGACUGCAGGAUGUCAUGGACAGAGUGCAGAAGAAAUGGAGCUGUGUACCCACAGAGAUUCAAAUCUUAUGCAAUGAGCUCAACGUCUCCAUGCAGGAGGCCAAAGACAAAUUGGUCAUGGUCAUCGAGAGAAGUGGUCCUCUCUGCAAAAUGGGUGAGCAGGUUGGAGAGGUGACGGUGGGCUUGAAUUGUGUGAAGGCCCUGCUGAAGCAAACAAGUCCUAAUUUUUCUGAGGCUGAACGUACACAAAAGCGCAUAUGGGAUGAGCUGGACCAGUGGCACACUCGGAUAGCUGAGCUGGAGGCUGAGGUGCAGGAUCUGGCUGAGCAGAAGCCUGAGAGGGCACACAUUCUCAUGGACAAGCUCAUGGAGCCUCUGCAGCUCUACCAGACCACAGCCAAACAGGCCGAGCAAAGGACCGCCCUCAUCAGCAAAAUCCCUGCCUGUCUGCAGGACUAUGAGGGUUUGCUCAAUAGUGCCAACUGCUGGUUGAGAGAGGCUCAGUCCUGGCUGGUCGCACCCAGAACCUACACCACUGCCAAAUGCAUCCACUCUCACGCCUAUUCCCUCAAGAUGAUGCUGGAUGAAGCGGAGGGAUACAAGGCAGAUCUGGAGGCCUUCCUGCCUGCUCUGCUGGAGAUCACUCCAGUGUGUGACACCACCUCUCAACAACAUCUCCUCCAACUGUGUGUACAAAACAUCACACUCAUGCAGCAAAGUGUUCAGGACCCUCUCUCCCACCUUCAGCACCUAGCAGCUGAGAUGGAUGCCAUUGAAGCAGAGGUAAAGGAUAUGGAGAAAAAUAUAACUAAGAUUAGAAGAAUCCUUUCAGCCACUGACACAGAGAACAUUUCUCCUGAGGAACAUCUCGAGAACAUACAGGUCAUUCUGGAUAAUGUCCAGUCCAUGAAGAGGACCAUUGAUGAGAUUGAGAGCUGCAGGCCUGACCUAGGGCUUCCUGCCGGAGCAGAGCAGACUCUCACAGCUUUCCAUCGGGCUCAAGAGCUCCUGCAGCCCAUCCAGGAGCUACAGCAGCUCAGUGUGGAGCAGAGCACAGCGCUGAGGGCCUCUAUUGAACAACCAACUGAAAUGAUUCUCCCUGCAGACCAAACCACAGAAUUCACAAUAUCAGAUCUUUCCACUGGAGAUAUGAGGCAGGUCUCCAUGGAAGGCCCUUACACUGAGGAGGAAGAUGAAGACAAUCAGUCUUCAUCUUCAGGAACUCUCACAUGCAGUCUUCCAGAGGACCCAGAUGAGACAAUAGCGGAGGAAGAUAUGAAGUCAGACACUGCCUCUGCUGUAAGAGAUUGUGACACUAAGGAAUCAUCUCCUGAAGAAGAUGAUUUUCCUGCAGUAAUUCAAGACGCUGACACAGGAAGUUUACUGGAGCCUUCGGACUUCUCUGAAAUGCCUGGCAUAGUCAGCGGCAGACCAGUUACUGAAGAGACAAGCUCCCCACCUGCACUAACAUCCCAGCAUUUGAAAGAAUUCAGCUGUCUGAAGCCUGACAGUGCAAAUUUAGAUGAGGAAAAGCAAAAUGAGUGCACCAAAACCAAGUCAACUGAAGCAGUUCCAGCAAAGCUAGAAAUAUCCUCAGACACCACCCUGUUAAAAGCAAGCGAUUCCAAUGAAUUGACUGAAGCGUUUGAAUCUGAAGAUCAGCAUGAAGGAUCUGUGAACACUAAAACGGGUACAAGUGGUCAAGUGAAAACAAGGAGCCCAAAGCCAUGUGACACAGAGGCAAUAAAUGUUUCUGAUGGUGAUCUGUCACAGUCUGAAGCAGGAGCUGAAGAUCAGCCUACAAAGAUGAGACGGCAUGUGUUAGAGAUUCCGGUGUCUGUGUUGAAUGUCAGUGAAUCUCAGAUGGAAGACUCAACUAAACUCCUCAAGGACCUUUCAAGCAUCAAGAGUCUUCUAGGCGGCUCAUGGACUUUGGCACUUGAGCGGCGGAAGUCAAUGGGACAGAAUAAUGUUGAGCUCCAGAGAUGUUCUAUAGCUCUUCUGAAGGGUCUGUGGGGUCUCCUGCAGCUGGGCUCUGAGCGGCUGCAGCGCAGUCAGAAUGCACAGCCACAAACCUGCAGUCAACUGCAUAAUCUGCUCACAGAACACAAGAAAUACUUCCAAGAUUUGGGUCAGGGCCUUGUAAUGGUCAAGCUGCUAUACCAUAAGCUGCCAGAGGGGGCACUGCAGGGCCAAGCAGAGGUGGAGCAGUUCAUAUCAGAUCUACAGGAACAAGCACAAACUCAUGGUGUCCAUAUGCAGCACAGAUUAGAGGAGUGGUCUCGGUACGAGGAGGUCACUGAGAGACUGCGUGAGCAGUUGGAUGAGAUCGAGACAAACAUGUCCAGUCUGGGUUCAGAGACAGAGGGAGACUUGCAGUGUCAGCUGCAGUCCUAUGAGAGAUUGCACAAGAUCCUGGAAGACACGAGGUCUCGGGUGUGGGAGGUCCAAGACCGAGCCAGGAUCCUACAGAAAAAGGGUUGUUACCCUGAGCGGCCUGGCCAGACUGUCCCAAAAUCACAACUGUUGUUACGCUGGAUGGAGCUUCGUAAUCAAAUACAGCAGAAGAUACAGUCUACACAGAAGAUCAGAAAGAUUUAUGACAGGUUCCAGCGUGACUCAACAGAAUUAGAAGAAUGGAUGCGUCAUGCUCAAGAACAGCUUCAGAAGUGGAACAGUUUCUCUGAUUCUGGUCACUUAGACUCCAGAACAGUCUGUACCCAGCUCAUGGAGUUUUUCAAGGAGCUGGAGGUCCGUUCAGCACAGAAAGCUUCUGCAGAACGUUCAGGUGCACAGAUACUGCAGCUGACUGACAGUGAAGCUCCAGGUCUGCGCAGACGACUGUCUCAACUUGAGCAGGAAUGGAUGAAUUUGAGUAACGUCCUGCCCGCUCUUCACCAGACGCAGCAACAACUGUUGACAAACCAGUCUCACAGUCAGAUCUUGGACAGCUUGACCUCCUGGCUUGAAAAUGUAGAGGGACGACUGAAAGAUGAAAGCUCUCUGAGCUCCUCUGAGCUGUCUAGACAUCUACAGGCUUUGAAGGAUCUUAAGGCUGAAAUAACCAGUCAUCAGCCGUACUUUGACCUUCUGAACUAUCAGUCUGUGGAGGGGGCGGGAUCAGUGAAUGGACCCACCAAUCGUAAUGAGCGCAUCCUGUUUGCUGAGCAGCUGGGAGCUCUCAAUAAGAGUUGGCUUAUUCUAAAGGCCAAAAUUGACAGCAAGAUACAUGAUGUUGAGGACCAGUGGCAGGCCUGCACCGACAGAGAAAAGCGUUUGCGCUGUAUGCACAGCUGGAUCUCUCAACGUAUUGAAUGGGUGAAAAACAGCUGGCAACCAGAGUGCUGCUCGCAGAUUGAGCAAACAUUAAAGGAGUGUGAAGAGACAGAGAACAGGCUACAGGUGAAGUCCUCUGAGCUGAAGGCUUUGGGAGCUCUUCACCUGUUCGGGCAACAGGAUGGUGAACAUCCCGGAGAUCAAGCGUUCUCCAAGCAGGUGAAUUCAGCCAUCCAGGACUGCCAAGCUUUGAGUCAACAGAUAAAUGCUCUCAAGUCAGAUUUACAGCCAAUCAAAGAUGAAUGGGCUCACUUUGAAUCUAAAAUGAGUGCAGCAGAACUGCAAACAACCGGGGGGUGGUCUUACAAGCUGGAGCUCUGCAGAGUUUCUGUGUUCUCAUCUGAGCAGAGCCGGACUCAUGUGGAGCACCUGCAAGAGCUUGAAAGGGAGCUGAACCAAUCAGAAACCUGGACCCAGUUAACUGAGGUGUUCUCUAACUUGAAAGACAAACAGCCUUAUGCAUCUAAACUUUUGUCUGAUCGUCUCGAGAAGGAGAGAACUCGACAUCAAGCAGUGAUUGGAGAUGUGCAUGCAGAUUUACUGAAAGCCCAGAAUGCAUUGCGGUUUUGGCUGGAAUACGAGCGCCUCACAGGAGAGUGCUGUGUUCAUCUAAAUCAACACUGGGAGAGGCUUGGAGAGCUUAUGAGUUCUUCAGACAGAGAAGAAAACACUUUAGAGCUGCUCAACAGCAGGAUGCAGGCAUCAAU